GCUUCAUAUCCAUCAUGUCCGCUGCAUGAAGAAGAAAGUCACGAAGACGAGCCCCAAAAGUAUUUGGUACUUCACUGCCGAAGAGGACAUGGGCAAUCCGGCUGUCGGCGAUUUCCCAGCCUGGUUCGAGGCAUACAUCACGUCAAACAAGGCAGAUGAAGCACUGGCCCAGAACACUGGUCUGUCCUUCGCUGAAGAAGCUGACUGGACUCCCGAGAGCUUCAAGGAAUCUGGUGCGAUCGAUGAUUUGCUGAGAAGUGCUGCAAACACGGUCAAAGGAAUGGACGGCAUCGGCUUCUGGGUCAACAAUCAGCAGGACAACAUGCGCUUCGGAGUGCCGCCGCACACUCGGCAGGAGAUGCUUGAGCAAGCCAAUGUGAAUGAGCAGGUUCGCUAUUGGUAGC